AGCACAAACUGGACUGCAGGUAAAUCCAGCUCAGGUCAAAAUGGGGAACUCGGAGAGUCAGUACACCCUCCAAGGAGCUAAAAAUCACAGCAAUGCAAUUACUGGUGCUCAGCAAAAGCCUUGCUCCCUGAAAAUCCGCAGCAUCCACGCCAAAGACGAGAAGUCCUGGCGUGGCUGGGCCCACGGCGGGAGCGCAGCGGGCUGCAAGUCCAGGUCCCUGGCGCGAAGUUGCCUUUCUCACUUCAAGAGCAGCCAGCCUUACGCUUCCAGGCUGCCCGGCCCCGCCUGCAAAGUCUCCAAGGGCGGUGCCCACUCCAAGCUCAGGACGGGCACCCCGGCCAAGGACCCCCAGGGCGCCCACACUGCCUUCUUCCCCGAGAACGGCUUCCACUAUGUGGGGCACGAGCCGGCGGGGAACCCCAUGGCCUUGGCCGACUGCAGCGGCCACCUCCUCCACUGCUAUGGGGGGCGCGAGAGCGUGGCCUCCACGCCGCCCGGCGAGGCCCGCCGCAGCCCCAAGGUGCUCAUCAAGACGCUGGGGAAGCUGGACGGGUGUCUGCGGGUGGAGUUCCACAGCGGUGGGGGCGCUGCCCACAGCCCCGAGCCCGCGGAGGCCACGGGAGGGCCCGUGCAGCUGCUGCGCUUCUCGCCCCGCGCUGCCCCCCGCGCCCCGGGUGCCCCGUCCCCGCCUGACUCGCGCCCUCGCUCCAGCAAGGGCAGCUCCCUGAGCUCCGAGUCCUCCUGGUACGACUCGCCCUGGGGUCCCGUGGGCGAGGGCAGCGAGGCCGAGGGCGCCUUCCCGGUCCCCGGCACCCCGGACCCCGGCCUCCCCACCUGCCUGCCCCCCAGGGAUGCCCCCCAGCCCUUCCACCAAAGCGCUUCCCUCUCCUCCCUGCGGGACCUCUACCCAGAGGCCUCCCUGGGGAGCCUGCCCCCCACGGGCAUCCGACUCUCCGAUGACUCCCUGGGCGGGCAGGCCGGCCUCUCCACCCGCGUCUCCUUCGCCUCGGACAUGGACGUGCCGUCGCGCGUGGUGCGCGGGGAGCCGGGGCCCUACGCCUCCUUCACCCUGCCCUGCCGCAAGUCCAAAGCUUUGGCCGAGGACCCCUCCAAGAAGGACACCCUGAAAGCCAGAAUGCGCCGCAUCAGCGACUGGACGGGCAGCCUCUCCAGGAAGAAAAGGAAACUGCAGGAACCGAGGUCCAAGGAGGGAAGUGACUACUUUGACAGCCGCCCAGAUGGACUGAAUGCGGAUGUUCAGGGGCCCUCCCAGGUGCCUGCUUCACUGUGGUCAGGGAGCUCCACGCAGAUCCUGUCCCAGAGAAGUGAAUCUGCUCACGCCAUUGGCAGCGAUCCCCUCCAACAGAACAUUUAUGAGAAUUUCAUGCGGGAGUUGGAAAUGAGCAGGACCAACACGGAGAACCUAGAGACAUCUACGGAAACGGAGGACACCAGCAGCGAGUCCCUCAGCUCUUUGGAGCAACUGGAUCUGCUCUUCGAGAAGGAACAAGGGGUGGUCCGGAAAGCUGGCUGGCUCUUCUUCAAACCCCUUGUCACUUUGCAGAAGGAAAGGAAGCUGGAGCUCGUGGCUCGGAGGAAGUGGAAACAAUACUGGGUAACUCUUAAAGGCUGCACGCUGCUCUUCUAUGAGACCUACGGCAAGAAUUCCAUGGACCAGAGCAGUGCGCCCCGGUGCGCCCUGUUUGCAGAAGACAGCAUAGUGCAGUCUGUGCCUGAGCACCCCAAGAAGGAAAACGUGUUCUGCCUCAGCAACUCCUUUGGAGACGUCUACCUAUUCCAGGCCACCAGCCAGACGGAUCUGGAGAACUGGGUCACUGCCAUACAUUCGGCCUGUGCCUCACUUUUUGCAAAGAAGCACGGGAAAGAGGACACAGUGCGACUGCUGAAGAACCAGACCAAAAACCUCAUCCAGAAGAUAGACAUGGACAGCAAGAUGAAAAAGAUGGCAGAGCUGCAGCUUUCGGUGGUGAGCGACCCCAAGAACAGGAAAGCCAUCGAGAACCAGAUCCAGCAAUGGGAGCAGAAUCUGGAGAAAUUCCACAUGGACCUCUUCAGGAUGCGCUGCUAUCUGGCCAGCCUACAAGGCGGGGAGCUGCCGAACCCCAAGAGCCUCCUGGCUGCUGCUAGCCGCCCCUCCAAGCUGGCCCUGGGCAGAUUGGGCGUCUUGUCUGUUUCAUCCUUCCAUGCUCUGGUGUGCUCCAGAGACGACUCUGCUCUGCGGAAGAGAACGCUCUCCCUGAGCCAGCGGGGGAGAAACAAGAAGGGCAUUUUCUCUUCCUUGAAAGGACUGGACACCCUGGCGCGGAAGGGGAAGGAGAAGAGACCUUCCGUCACCCAGGUGGAUGAACUUCUGCACUACAGUUCAACGGAUGGUGUUUCCCGAGACAACACCUGGGAAAGCCAGACGCACAUCCGCUUCCAGGGUAAUCCUGGGGUUACUGUAUUGAUCAAACCUGAACACAAGGUGGAAGAUGUUUUGGCUUUGGCCUGCAAGAUGAGACAGCUGGAACCCAGCCACUAUGGCCUUCAACUUCGAAAACUGGUAGAUGAGAACAUCGAGUGUUGUGUUCCGGGGCCUGGAGAAGCUAUGCAAGAGCAGGUUUAUGAUGAGAUAGAAGUCUUCCCGCUCAACGUUUACGACGUGCAGCUCACCAAGACGGGGGGCGUGUCCGACUUUGGGUUUGCAGUGAGAGCACAAGUGGACGAGCAGCAGCAUCUCAGCCGGAUAUUUGUCAGCGAUGUUCUCCCCGACGGCCUGGCGUACGGAGAAGGGCUGAGAAAGGGCAAUGAAAUUAUGACCUUGAAUGGGGAAGCUGUGUCAGAUCUUGACCUCAAGCAGAUGGAGGCCCUGUUUUCUGAGAAGACCGUGGGGCUCACUCUGCUUGCUCGACCGCCAGACACGAAAGGAACCCUGUGUUCGUCCUGGUCUGACAGUGACCUGUUCUCAAGGAACCAGAAGAGUCUGCUGCCCCCUCCUAAUCAGUCCCAGCUUCUGGAGGAAUUCCUGGAUAACUUUAAAAAGCACACAACAAAUGAUUUCAGCAAUGUCCCCGACGUCACAACUGGGCUGAAAAGAAGUCAGACCGAUGGCACCCUGGAUCAGGCACACAGGGAGAAACUGGAGCAGACAUUCAGGAGUGCAGAGCAGAUCGCGGCGCUGUGCAGGAGCUGUAACGGCGCCCAGACCAGCGGCAUGGAGGCGCCCAGGGAGAGUCGGGACCCGCCGCGGCCGCUGGCCCGCCACCUCUCGGAUGCAGAUCGCCUCCGGAAGGUCAUCCAGGAGCUGGUGGACACGGAGAAGUCCUAUGUGAAGGACCUGAGCUGCCUCUUUGAGUUAUACUUGGAGCCACUUCAGAGUGAGACCUUCCUUACCCAAGAUGAGAUGGAGUCACUUUUUGGAAGUUUGCCAGAGAUGCUUGAAUUUCAAAAGGUGUUUCUGGAGACUCUGGAGGAUGGGAUUGCAGCAUCGUCCGACUUUAACAUACUUGAAACCCCCUCUCAGUUUCGAAAACUGCUGUUUUCCCUCGGAGGCUCCUUCCUUUACUACGCAGACCACUUUAAACUCUACAGCGGAUUCUGUGCUAAUCACAGUAAAGUGCAGAAGGUUCUAGAGCGAGCUAAAACUGACAAAGCCUUCAAGGCUUUCCUGGAUGCCCGGAACCCCACCAAGCAGCACUCGUCCACACUGGAGUCAUACCUCAUCAAGCCGGUGCAGAGGGUGCUCAAGUACCCGCUGCUGCUCAAGGAGCUCGUGUCCCUGACGGACCCCGAGAGCGAGGAGCACUACCACCUGACAGAAGCACUAAAAGCCAUGGAAAAAGUAGCAAGCCACAUCAACGAGAUGCAGAAGAUCUACGAGGACUACGGGACCGUGUUUGACCAGCUGGUGGCAGAGCAGAGCGGGCCGGAGAAGGAGGUAACAGAACUGUCCAUGGGGGAGCUUCUGAUGCACUCCACAGUAUCCUGGUUGAAUCCAUUUCUGUCUCUAGGAAAAGCCAGGAGGGACCUUGAGCUCACAGUAUUUGUUUUUAAGAGAGCUGUCAUACUGGUUUAUAAAGAAAACUGCAAACUGAAAAAGAAAUUGCCCUCCAAUUCCCGGCCUGCACACAGCGCUGCUGACUUGGACCCAUUUAAAUUUCGUUGGUUGAUUCCCAUAUCCGCACUUCAAGUCAGACUGGGGAAUACGGCAGGGACAGAAAAUAAUUCCAUAUGGGAGCUGAUCCAUACGAAGUCAGAAAUAGAAGGCCGGCCAGAGACCAUCUUUCAGCUGAGCUGCAGUGACAGCGAAAGCAAAACGAACAUUGUCAAGGUGAUUCGAUCUAUUCUGAGGGAAAACUUCAGGCGCCACAUAAAGUGUGAGUUACCGCUGGAGAAAACAUGUAAGGAUCGCCUGGUCCCCCUGAAGAACCGCGUCCCUGUUUCAGCCAAAUUAGCUUCAUCCAGGUCCUUAAAAGUCCUCAAAAAUUCCUCCAGCAGCGAGUGGCCCGGUGAGCCUGGGAAGGGCAGCUCGCUGGACUCUGACGAGGGCAGCCUGGGCAGCAGCACCCAGAGCAGCUGCCACACGGCCGGGAGCAGGCAGGACUCCCUGAAACACAUGCCCCCUGACAUGGGAGAUUUCUCAGACAGUCUCAUCAAAGAGAGCGACAUUCUGAGUGACGAGGACGAGGACUGCCAUCAGGCUCUGAGACAGCGCAGCCCGACCAAAGACAUCGAGAUUCAGUUCCAGAGACUGAGAAUCUCUGAGGAGCCCAACGCUGUGUCAGCUGAACCGCAGCCUGGCACCGAGGGCCAGCAGGCAGGACCGCAGCCCAAACUUGUCCGGGGGCACUUCUGUCCCAUUAAGCGAAGAGCAAACAGCACCAAGAGGGACAGGGGGACUCUGCUAAAGGCGCAGCUGCGUCAUCAGUCCCUCGACAGUCAAUCUGAAAAUGCCAGCCUUGACCUCAAUUCUGUUCUAGAGCGAGAAUUCAGUGUCCAGAGUUUAACAUCAGUUGUCAACGAGGAGUGUUUUUAUGAAACAGAGAGCCACGGAAAGUCAUAGUCCACUUUCAAUCCAGAUGUGGGUUGAGUUGUUGAAACUGGUGGCCAAGUGGAAAUUGC